UCCGAUAAAAUAUAUUCGUUUGUGGCUAUCCCCGGUACCAAUCAGAAAAAAAGACCUCGCCGAAGAUAUGAUGAAAUUGAACGACUUUAUCACUGCAAUUGGCCCGGUUGUACAAAGGCUUAUGGCACCUUGAACCAUCUGAACGCUCAUGUGAGUAUGCAAAAACACGGUCCCAAACGGCAUCCCACUGAAUUUAAAGAAAUGCGAAAAGAAUGGAGGCGUCAGAAAAAGGAA